AUGAACAUUGAGAAAGUUGAUAGCCAGCUGUUGCCUGGAAACAACUUCACAAAUGAAUGUAAUAUUCCUGGAAACUUCAUGUGUAGUAACGGGCGCUGUAUCCCAGGGGCCUGGCAGUGUGAUGGGCUGCCCGACUGCUUUGAUGAAAGUGAUGAAAAGGAAUGCCCAAAAGCCAAGUCUAGAUGUGGGGCCACAUUCUUCCCCUGUGCUAGUGGUAUCCAUUGCAUCAUUGGCCGCUUCCAGUGCAAUGGCUUUGAGGACUGUCCAGAUGGCAGCGAUGAGGAAAACUGCACAGCCAAUCCCUUGUUGUGUUCAACUGCCCGAUUCCACUGUAAGAAUGGACUUUGCAUUGAUAAAAGCUUUGUGUGCGACAAUCAAAACAACUGCCAGGACAACAGUGAUGAAGAAAGUUGUGAAAGCCCUCAAGAGACUGGUAGUGGCCAAGAUUAUGUGACCUCAGAGAACCAGCUGUUGUAUUACCCCAGCAUCACCUAUGCUAUCAUUGGCAGUUCAGUCAUUUUUGUGCUGGUUGUGGCCUUCCUUGCCUUGGUUUUGCACCACCAGCGAAAGCGCAACAACCUCAUGACCCUGCCUGUGCAUCGGCUGCAGCACCCUGUCCUCCUGUCCCGGCUGGUUGUCCUUGAUCAUCCACAUCAUUGCAGCGUCACCUACAAUGUGAACAAUGGGAUUCAAUACAUGUCAAACCAGGCCUAUCAUAGGCCAGUGGAUCUGGAUUCUCCUCCAUCCUACUCAGAAGCUGUUUUAGACCAAAGCAGACCCCCUUGGUUUGAUCUUCCUCCACCCCCUUACUGCGCAGAAUCUGAAUCUCCCAGUCAGACAGAUCUUCCUCCUUACCGAUCUCGGACAGGAAGCUUGGUGAGCACAGGCACCCCAAUGGCAGGAAACAGCCUGCACACAGACCACAGUCGGACAGGAUGCGUCAGUAACAAUGUGGACCAUCGUGAGACACUUCUUGGGACAAGAGCAGAGGAAAAUGACUUUCUGAUCAACUCUGCUGCUGAAAGAGAAAUGUUACAGGUUUUUUAAAUGUGUAUAUGGGUUAGUCUGUUGUGGUUUAUUACCUUCUGAGAUAGGAGGGAGCAGCAAUGUUUAGAAAAGGAUUUACUUUUGGAUCCAACUCCAGAUUGCUGCACAUUUAACAGAUGCUUUGACUCAGUAUUUGAGCUCAUCACCGACUUCUUGAUCUAGGUUCAUGUCAGAACUUCCAGAAGGUUUUAAGGGAGGGUUCCAGUUCAAAUCUGUAUAAUAUGUUGAUGCUAAGACUUUGUGAUUUAAUGUAUUUCUGGGAGAUUGUAUAUGUAUGUACAUAGGUGCACAUAUAAUAUAUACAGAUAAUACACACAUGCCCGCACACACACACAGACAUACACGUUUGCAUUUACAUUGAAGUUUCCAGACUGGCUCUUGUCUUUUCCAUGCUUCAGUUCAGGCGCAGUCAUCUGCACAGAUGAUGGGGAGUCACUGAGUGUAUAGGACAGAGAAAGAACGUAUCCCUGCUUUGAGAUCUGAUACUCAACUACACAACUGCCCCACUGCAGCAAGAAGCAGCAGUUGCAGGGAAGGUCCUGUUUGGCCCCUCCAUCCCCAGAAGGGAGCAUGCUCAGUACAAAUGUAGUCACUGAAAAUGUUAGCUUAGCUUUGAAAUU